GGCAAUUUCCGUCCUGUUGGGGAGCGCCAUUUUGUUGCUGAGUGGAGACGGUGGCAGUGCUGUUCAGGAUCGGUAAUUGGAAGCAUUGUCCUCACCGGCAAUGGACGGCAUUGUUACUGAUGUUGCGGUUGGCGUUAAGAGAGGGUCAGACGAGCUGCUUUCUGGAACUGUGCUUAACGGGCCAAGCACAAAUAUGAGCAGUAUAGUAGUAACUGCUAAUGGUAACGAUACUAAAAAGUUCAAAGGAGAUGACAAGAUGGAAAGUGCACCUUCUCGGGUGCUUCAUAUCCGAAAACUUCCAGGGGAAGUAACAGAAACUGAAGUUAUUGCUUUGGGGUUACCUUUUGGGAAAGUAACCAACAUUCUAAUGCUUAAAGGAAAGAAUCAGGCUUUUUUGGAGUUGGCAACUGAAGAAGCUGCUGCCACAAUGGUUAAUUAUUACACUACCAUGACGCCUCAUCUACGCAACCAGCCUAUAUACAUUCAGUACUCCAACCACAAAGAACUGAAAACAGACAGUGCACUAAAUCAGCGUGCCCAAGCUGUACUGCAGGCUGUAACAGCAGUUCAGACCUCUAAUUCAUCUGUUGGCACAACUGCUGGAAGUGAGAGUGUGCUAUCUUCUUCACAGAGUCCAGUGCUGAGAAUAAUUAUUGACAAUAUGUAUUACCCAGUCACUCUUGAUGUUCUUCACCAGAUAUUUUCAAAGUUUGGUACAGUGUUGAAGAUCAUCACAUUCACAAAGAAUAAUCAGUUUCAAGCUUUAUUGCAAUAUGGGGACCCUGUGAAUGCACAACAAGCAAAACUAGCCCUGGAUGGUCAAAAUAUUUAUAAUGCUUGUUGUACCCUUCGGAUUGAUUUUUCGAAAUUGGUGAACUUAAAUGUAAAAUACAACAAUGACAAAAGUCGGGACUAUACUCGUCCAGAUCUUCCGUCUGGCGAUGGGCAACCAGCCUUAGAUCCUGCAAUAGCUGCUGCAUUUGCUAAGGAGACCUCCCUUCUAGCUGUUCCUGGUGCAUUAAGUCCUUUGGGAAUUCCUAAUGCAGCGGCUGCAGCAGCAGCUGCUGCUGCUGCAGGUCGAGUUGGUAUGCAUGGAGUUUCUGCUGGUAGCAACACUGUACUCCUUGUAAGCAAUUUGAAUGAAGAGACGGUUUCGCCCCAAAGUCUGUUUACCCUCUUCGGUGUUUAUGGAGAUGUGCAGCGCGUGAAGAUUCUAUACAAUAAGAAAGACAGUGCACUUAUACAAAUGGCUGAUGGGAACCAAUCACAACUUGCAAUGAGCCAUCUUAAUGGACAAAAAAUGUAUGGGAAAAUUAUUCGGGUUACAUUGUCAAAACACCAAACUGUCCAGCUACCUCGUGAAGGUCUUGAUGAUCAAGGGCUUACAAAAGAUUUUGGCAAUUCCCCUUUACACCGUUUUAAAAAACCUGGCUCAAAAAACUUUCAAAAUAUCUUCCCACCAUCUGCAACUCUUCAUCUGUCCAAUAUCCCGCAAAACAUAACUGAAGAAGACUUACGUACACUGUUUACAAAUACAGGUGGCACUGUGAAAGCAUUUAAAUUUUUUCAGGAUCAUAAGAUGGCCCUCCUUCAAAUGUCUACAGUUGAAGAAGCCAUCCAAGCAUUGAUUGACCUCCACAACUACAAUAUUGGCGAUAACCACCAUCUGAGAGUUUCUUUCUCAAAAUCAACAAUUUAAAAAAAAGCAGAGCGUCAGGGUUUAUUGCAUUGUUAAGUGUAUUGUCACCAAUGGACUGUUCAGGAAAGUUGGGACCAGAGUCUUUGUUUUUCACUCUGUUAUCAUUCCUUAGUUCAUGAAAUUACAUAAUUUUGUUUGAAAAAAGCGGUUAAAUUUAACUGCACUUUUUUCCAAGAUCACUAGGGAUGCCAAUUUGUUAAACAUUUUUAGGUUCAGUUUUUUUUUUAUUGUUUAUUUUGCUUUGUGUAAAUACAUGGACAUGUGCCUUACAGAAUUAGUAUGAUUUCUAAAAUGUUAACUUUUAGAAUAUCUGUGAAUUACAAUGUUCAAGGCACAUUGUUACAUGUGAGUUUAAACAUUUUGCACCAGGAGGUGUGUAAAAAGGUUAAGCUUUGGUUCCUCCUCCUUAGAACUUCUCAUUCAUUGGCCUUUCAACUUUCUAUAUCAUUCUAUUUUAUUUGUGGGUCUUUUAAGCAUACAAUGCAUUUGUGAGGAGGGUUUAUUUUUUUUUUGUUUUGUUUUUUAAAUCCAUCAUCGGCCUUGAUAGUUCUGUUCUCUUUUGAAUUCUGCAUGAAUUCAUUAUGAAGUUUUUUUGUGUUUUUGUGUUUUUUUGUUUUGUUUUUCUUUUUUCUUAAAGAAAACAAAAUCCCUAGAAGUUUCAGAUAUGUGGAAAGCAUUGUAGAAUCUUAACCUUUUUGUACACACUCUUGUGAAACGUAUCAUUUAAAUGUUGGCACUAAAGUAAUGUCUUGUUCGUGGCUGAUAUUUUCUGUAGUUUUUGAAGUUGACAUGACUGAUGUGCAUUUAUCUAUAUCUUGCCAUCUUUUCGUUUGUAAUUAUUGUUGGAAAUAUAGUUGUGGAUUUCUGAGCAUGUACAGACUGGUCUAGCAAUUUUCAGUAACUGGUGCAUGUAUCUUACAAUGAUAAGGAGAGCCUAUGACAAUAGAAUAAUUUGUGGCAGUUUUUUUUUUUAAACUGACAACCAGGUGGGACCAAAGUUUAUGUGCCUUUAGUCUUAAUUUACCUUGCAUUGUAAUAUUCUGUUUUAAUAAAUCUCUUCAAAAAUAUUUUAUAUUUAGAAACAGACCAGACUAAAGACAUGGCUCAGAAUCUACAAGUUGCAAUCUUUGAACAGUUCACUUGCCAGGUUAGCUGUUGGCUCGAUACUGUAAGGACAAGUACAUUUUUGAAAUGAAUGUAUUUGGCCUCAUUAUCCAUAGAUUCUGUUAUCUAUGUAGAAAGAAAAUGGUCAUGUAUAUUUUCUAUUAGUUGAGUUUUUACAUCUUUAGAAAUGUAAAAUUCAGUAUAGUUUCAAAGCGGCACAAUUAAAAAUUAAUUUUCUAACAAA